ACCCACGAAUUGCAGAUUGCAACCAAAAACCCAAAACGUAAAGCUAAAACCUCCGUUCUCUCUCUUGGCAGCUUCGCCUCUUCGGUAGUUCGGUUCUUUGUCAAAUCGCCGCCGUUGCUCCGCCGCCUACCACCACCAGCCAGUCAGCCACGCAGCCAAAACCCUAACUACCACUCUUCCUUUCAUCCACUCUACCAGCCACGCAGCCGGCAGCCCGCAGCCAUUGACGCAAAUUGCAAUCGCAGAUUCGCAGCCCACGGGCCACGAUACAGCCCGCAGUUCGCAGCCCGAAGCAGUGACUUGCGAGGAAGAGGAGGUGAAUUGCAGUCAGAGUUCGAGCUUCAGUGACCCAGUGAGGUAAGGUGAACUUACCAUGGUGAGAGGGAAGCCAAAUAUAUUAAUAACUGGUACACCUGGGACCGGGAAAACCACUUUUUCAUCUGCUCUUGCAGAGGCGACCCAGCUUCGCCAUGUGAACAUUGGAGAAUUGGUCAAGGAGAAAAACUUGCACGAUGGUUGGGACGAGGAAUUUGACUGUCAUAUCAUAAAUGAGGAUCUGGUAUGUGAUGAGCUAGAAAAUAUGAUGGAAGCUGGUGGUAUAAUUGUGGAUUACCAUGGCUGUGAUUUUUUCCCUGAGCGAUGGUUUGAUCGCGUUGUGGUGUUGCAAACCGACAACUGUAUAUUAUAUGACCGCCUCAGCAAGAGAGGCUAUUCGGGUUCAAAACUUUCAAACAAUAUUGAAUGUGAAAUCUUUCAAAUGUUGCUUGAGGAGGCCAAAGAAAGUUACCAAGAAGACAUAGUGGUGGCAAUGAAGAGCGACUCGAUCGACGACAUCAAUAAAAAUGUUUCAGAUUUGACAGAUUGGGUUGCAAGCUGGUGCAACAACUCAGCUCAGAGUGAUAACAUGCGCGAUUGAAGUGUGUUAAGCAUGUAGGAAUUAAGGGUGUUCAAAAACUCCCGACCCGCUAACCCACUUCAAAUUCACGGAAAGUUACGGGUGGACGGGUACGGGUCCCUUCUCGUCGGUUUUUCUUUAGGCUUCUUCUUUCCUCCCUUCUCAUCGGUUUUUCUUUAAACAUACUACUCUGUAUUUGUGUGGAUAUGGUUUUUGUGCCGUAUAUUUAGGGUAUGAGAAAUUUGCUUCUAAAAAGUCAUGUGAGAUUUUGCUACAUUCAUAUCAAUGAAUAUUUUUAAAAUAUCAAAUA